UAGUAUAACUUGUUUACUUGUUGUAAUUAAAGUUAUUUAUAAUAAAAUCCCCCACAGGAACAGCAUGAAAAACAGAAGGAGAUGACGGAAUGGAAGGUGGGAAGCAGAACCGACUUUGCCGCCCACAACAAAUCAGCGAGUUUUCAAAGGUGUAUCGAUGGGCUGAUCAAGCCAGUUACCUCCUUCAGGGUCUGAAUGAUCAGCGAGAGUGCGGUCAGCUGUGUGAUGUGGUGUUGGUGGCAGACGGGCAGCGGGUUCCUGCCCACCGUGCCUUGCUUGCCGUUUCCAGCCCAUACUUUCAGGCUAUGUUUACAAUUGGCAUGAAAGAGGAACGCCAGUCUGAGGUGGAGCUCGUGGGAGCUUCAUAUGUGGGAGUAAAAGCGGUUGUGGACUUUCUGUACAGUGGCGAGCUGCUUCUGGAUGGCGGAAACAUCGACUACGUGCUGGAAACUGCUCAUCUACUGCAGGUCUGGCAGGCGGUGGAUUUCUGCUGCCAGUACCUGGAGAAGCAGGUGAAUGAAGAGAACUACCUGUACCUGCAGGAACUAGCCAUGCUUUACAGCCUGGAGAGACUAGACUCCUUUAUUGAUCGCUUCAUCUUGGAACGAUUCGCUACACUAUCAUUCAUGCCUGGGUUUUUAAGGGAUGUGAGCUUAUCAAAACUCUGUUGUUACUUAGCAAGUGAGCAUGUGCAGCACGACAGUGAGCAGGCUCUUUUCCAAACUGCCUUUAAGUGGUUAAGCCAGAAAACCGAGCGUCUGGCAGCGGCCCACCAACUCCUGAGCCAUGUCCGUUUGGCUCUGAUCUCACCAGCAGAGCUAGCAGACAGUGUCCUGCCAGCUGUGUGCUCUUUGCUGCCAGCAGAUUCAGGCUGCCAGGCUCUGGUGGAGGAAGCACUGAGUUACCAUGCCCGUUUCAGUGCUCAGCCGGUGCUACAGACCACGCAGUCUUCUAUAAGAGGAGGGGUAGAGCGUCUUCUGCUGGUCGGGGGAGAAGUGUAUGAGCGUGGAGAAGAGUUGAGCACUGAUGUGAGCUGGCUGGAUGAGAACGAUGGAACGUGGGUGGUGGAGACACAACUGCCUGCUCAGAGAAGCCACCACUGUGUUGCAGAGCUGGGUGGCUUCAUCUUCAUCGCUGGUGGCAGUUCAUCACGAGAUAAUGGUGGAGACGCAGCAAGUAAUGUACUCUACAGAUACGAUCCACGCAACAACACGUGGGCCAAGGGUGCCAGUAUGAACCAACAGCGGGUGGAUUUCUACUUGGGUACGAUGGACAAUUCUCUAAUUGCUGUUGGGGGUCGCAACGAUAGUGGUGCACUAUCAUCUGUUGAGGUCUACCAUCCUGUCGAAGAUUUGUGGACCUACUUAGCAGGGCUGCCCAGAUUCACAUACGGCCAUGCAGGAACUACGCACAAAGGAGUUGUUUAUAUUUCAGGAGGCCACGACUAUCAGAUCGGGCCUUACCGACGUGACAUGCUGAGCUACGACCCGAGUGCUGGCGACUCAUGGGCAGAGCGGCAGGCCAUGUCGCUGGCGCGAGGCUGGCACUGCAUGGCAUCGCUUCAGGACCGAAUCUAUGUAAUUGGAGGCAGUGACGAUCAUGAGGACAGUAUUGAGCGAUUCGAUGUGUUGGAAGUGGAAGCCUUUGACCCACAGACAGAGCAGUGGAGCAGGGUCGCCCCGCUGCGUUUCCCGAACAGCGAGGCGGCUGUAACUGUAUGGGACGACAAGAUCUACGUGAUGGGAGGCUACACCUGGGAGCACAUGGACUUCUCUGAAAAUACGCAGGUGUUCGUACCAGAGAAGGGACAGUGGGUGAUGGGACCUAGUCUGCCCAGGUACAUCGCAGGGGCGUCGGCUUGUGUGUGUGUUGUCAAAGCUCAUCCCUGUGGUUCAGAGGAAAACAGAAUGAGACAAAAGAAGAGGGACAAGCAGAAUGGCAGUCAAAGACAAGUCAGAUGACCUCAGGAGGACAUUGCAGGACUCCUGUCUUAAAGGGAAAUUCUACCAUCUAAAUAUGCCGAUUACAGCAGGAGAGGCACAGACUGAGCUAAGAUCAGCACCUCUCAACUGAAUCAAUGUCAUUUAGCAGACGCUUUUAUACAAAGCGACUUACAAUUGUCACCAUAUACAAUUCAAGCAAUCAAGUGUUAAGAGUUAAGGGCCUCAUUCAAGGGCAGAAGUGGGGCUUGAACCAGCAAUCUUUUAAAUGCUAGUCCAGUACCUUAACUGCUGAGGUACAACCACCCUGUGUUCUGUUAAAGGUUAUUAAAAGUCGAUUGUUUCUCCUAUUGUAAUUCUUCUGUCACUCAAGUUGCUGCUGGUUUUUGUAAAUUUUGAGGUACAAAUACAUUGUAUCUGCACUUUAGAGCAAACAGUAAUGCAGGAACUUUAAUAUGCACAUUACCUUCUCAGUACCAAAUCUAGAUCAGCAUUUGCUAGUCAUAUUUUGGUCAUAUAGUUAUUAAUAAUUAUGAUUACAUUAUACAGCCCAUUUACCAGCAGAUGUGUGUCAGGUUAGAGUUUAAACCAACAGAAUCAUUUAAACAAUGACUCAUUUGUCAGUUAGCUAUUAAUUAUUAACAUCCUAGCUUUUAUGAGUGCAGUUUGUUUGGCUUGCACCGCACAAGCAAAUCUAACAAUGGAACUUAUCUGCAUUAUAUUUACAGUUAAAGUCAUAAGUUGCUAUAGGUCAUGUUUCUAUAGGACACGUUUUACUGUUGUCAAGGGUAAAGGCAUGCAGGGCUUGAAGGGUGGCCUUAUAAUACUGUCACAGAUACACCUCCAAGUAACUCAAAUCAUUUUGGUGUGUGUAAAUGUCUGACCCAGUUAAAUGAUCUCUUUGUAAACGUUUGUUUGUUGUGUUAUAGAAUCUGUUAAGGGAAUAAAUAUGAGUUUGAGGGUU